CGCACGCUAUUUCACCCCGCCAUCUCUCUCGGCAAACCGGCCCUCACGCUCGGCCGUGGACCUGCCGGCAUCUUUCCCUCUGUCAGGUUCUCUCUGUAACACUCCUCUUUAAGACUCUAACCCUUACCUGAAAGAUAGAAUCUGAUAGCAACAAGGAUCUUGCCGUGCCAUAGAGAAUCUGAUUGAGAACUGGGGGCAAAUGUUUGAGCUGAAUAUUUAGCUCUGUUGGAAGGAAAAGAACACAGUUUCCCUUGAUCUUUGUGAUAAAGUUUUUGAUCGAAUGAAUGGGCAGAGGAGAAGAGAUGGAGAAUGAUAAUAAGAAGAAGUAUAGUAUUCUUGUCCCCACCUACAACGAGCGUCUCAAUAUCGCUCUCAUCGUCUACCUCAUCUUUAAACAUAUCAGGGAUGUGGAUUUUGAAGUCAUUGUCAUAGAUGAUGGAAGUCCUGAUGGAACUCAAGACAUUGUCAAGCAACUGCAGAGGGUCUAUGGGGACGAUCGCUUGUUAUUAAGACCAAGACCAAGGAAACUUGGGUUAGGAACUGCUUACAUUCAUGGCUUGAAGCAUGCAUCUGGUGAUUUUAUUGUAAUCAUGGAUGCUGAUUUAUCUCACCAUCCUAAAUACCUACCAAGCUUCAUCAGGAAACAGGCAGAGACUGGUGCCAGUAUAGUUACAGGCACCCGAUAUGUGGAAGGUGGUGGUGUGCAUGGUUGGAACCUUAUGCGCAAACUGACAAGCAGAGGAGCCAAUGUGCUUGCACAAACACUUCUUUGGCCUGGUGUAUCAGACUUAACAGGCUCCUUCCGGCUCUACAGGAAGUCUGUCCUUGAAGAUAUCAUCAAGUCCUGUGUAAGUAAAGGAUACGUCUUUCAGAUGGAAAUGAUAGUGAGAUUGUCACGCAAAGGCUACCAUAUUGAGGAGGUACCAAUCACAUUUGUUGACAGGGUUUUUGGAAGUUCAAAACUUGGCGGUUCUGAGAUUGUUGAAUAUCUUAAAGGCUUGGUUUAUUUGUUGCUCACUACAUGAGGAGAAUAAUUUUUGCAUAUGGGGUCUUUUGGUUCGUAGAGAUAUUCUUUCUAAAUCCUUUCAUACUUCUGUGUCAAGUAAAUCCACUCAUUGUAUGCAUGUUAUUGUUUUUCCUUUGAAAAUAAACAUUUUCUAUUAGUCUAAAGGAGAAGGCACCCUCUAGUUGAAAUUUGUUGAUUGUGCUUUGUGAAAUUGGUGCUGAAAUUUUCCUCAAGGUUAAAAAUUUUGAAUUUUUGCCUGUGGACAUUACGAAGGUUUUGGAUUUGGCUGAUGUCCGAGUGGGACAUAAGAAGCACUUCUUGGAGGCUUGAAAUUUUACCCCUCCUAUGUCAACAUAUUGGGCAACUUCAAUGACAUACUGGAUUUUCUUUGUCAUACUUGAUUAUUUAAAAUCUCCAAAGUUUGUAUUGGGGGAUUUCAAGCCAAGCAUCCGCCCCUGUUUUGUUAAUAAAAGAAAUGCUUUGAUUUUGAA